CAUCGACGCACGACAGCUUUUACCAACGACGAUGGCCCAGCCCGUGACGUUCAUGGAGACAGUCGAGCACCUCGGCGGCGGUCUCGCCAUGGUCGGCGUGGUCCUUGCGCUCGCCGUCGCGUAUGUGCUGCUGGUCAACUUCGCCUUGCCGCGCGGCCGCCUGGCGCAGACCGAGCGCGUCAACAAGCUCCGUCGAGCUGCGAAAGACAAGCCACGCCGAUUUGUCGAUUGAUUGUGGCGUGAUAAAUAAAAGAGUCUACAAUGCGCCCA